AUGCUGUUAUUCGUAGAGUUCAUUUUGAAAAAUAGCAUUAUACCAAUAUAUUUAAAUGAUGAAAUGUUAUUGAAGUGUGAAACUUAUUGUUGCUUUCAUUUAUAUUUAUAUGGAGGGGUGGAAGUUCAUGUAAUUGGGGGCAAUUGCCUUCCAAAAUCAAUAAAGACUCCCCCUAAAAAUAAACCAAUUGAUGAAGAAACAAACACUGCAACUUAUCUAUAUACACCACCAAAAUAUAGGGGCAGCUCAGCUAAUAAAGAUCCCACCCCCGUGCACUCUGCGGUGUCAGGUGUACGAGUAAGCAGACAAGUUAUUUCCACAACUCUGACAUGUAACCACCAAGUCUACCAGCACUUGUCAGGUGUAAGCAGUGAACAGAGAAGUUAUUUCCACGACUCUGACCUCCAAGUCUGCCACCAGAUAUCAUACUUUGAAAUGAAUAGGAAAAUUUAG